UUCUGUGCCUGUCAAAUUAUUUAGCUAGCUAGAUAGCCAAUGUUAGCCCUGGAUGACACUCAAAGGAAUGGCGAGCAGCUGAGCAGUUUCUGCCAAAAUUACACCGGGACACACGUUAACAUCUCUGUUAAAGGGACUUUUACAGCUCUUUAGCAAAUACGCAGCGGAUGGCCUGGACAGCGCUUGUCGUGGGGCCUACAUAGAAAGAGGGACAUCAAUCUGAACCUCUGAAUGAGUAAUGAACCUUAACCCCUUCUGGAGCAUGUCUGCCAAUACAAGUCGCAAGAGAUCUGACGUCGAGGAACAGAGUGGGCACAGGGAGCAGAGAGCCAGCCCGGCCCGACUGCCCUUUGGCAAAAAGCAGCUUCCCCCCAUUCCUAAGAAUGCAGCCCCCAUUACCAAGCCUGCAUCAACGGGCACCCCAGCCCAGUCAGCCAAUGGCACACACGCCUCCUAUGGCCCUUUUUACUUGGAGUACUCUCUGCUGGCUGAGUUCACACUAGUGAUUAAGCAGAAACUCCCUGGAAUUUAUGUGCAGCCAUCCUACAAAUCGGCACUAAUGUGGUUUGGGGUCAUAUUCAUCAGACAUGGCUUGUACCAGGAUGGAGUCUUCAAAUUCACAGUGUAUAUUCCAGAUAACUAUCCAGAUGGAGAGUGUCCUAAAUUAGUGUUUGACAUCCCAGUCUUCCAUCCUCUUGUUGACCCUGUGUCUGGAGAGCUUGAUGUCAGAAGAGCUUUCAACAAAUGGAGACGAAAUCACAACCACAUCUGGCAAGUGUUGAUGUAUGCACGUACAGUUUUCUACAAGAUCAAUACCACGGAACCACUCAACCCAGAGGCUGCUGUGCUAUAUGAAAAGGAUGUGCAGUUGUUCAAAAGCAAAGUGGUGGAUAGUGUGAAACUAUGCAACAGUCAUCUUUUUGACCAGCCCAAGAUAGAUGAUCCCUAUGCAAUAAGUUUUUCGCCAUGGAACCCAGCUGUUCACGACGAAGCAAAAGAGCGGAUGUUCACAUACAAAAGACGGCCUGAGGAUCACCACAAGGGAACGCAGGUGUCAGGGCUGUCUUGGGUGAAGCCUGGUUCGACGCAGCCCUUCAGCAAAGAUGACAGUCCUCCCCAGAGCUGAAUCUGCCCUGUCGCUGCAGCCGCCACUAGAGGGAGGCACAGCUGUUUAUUUGAGCUGGAUCCAUGAAACAGUUGGGAGAACUCUUAUGUUAAAUCUCCACCUUAUUGCUCAGCUUUAAAAGCUUUGUAGGCAUUUCCUCAAACAGCUUUAGAAUAAGGAAAACGUUUGUAUUAUAUGUAAAUCGACGAUGACAAAUGGAUGUCUGCGCAAACAUCAUUUAGGCUGUGAUGCAAUCAAAGAGCUUUCUCAUUUAGAUUUUCAGAUCCAUGCACAUGUGGGGCUAGUUGAUACAACAUUCUGUCCCAAAAGGAGCUGAAAAGUAUCAAAGCAUUCAUACGGUAAGUAUAGUGGACUACAUGAUCUCUACCACUUGUUAAAAUUGGCUCAGGACUGUUUAUUUGUCAGACUUGGAAUGUUGUUAGUCCCAUCUGUGUGAAUUAAACCACACCUCCCAUUACCUAAUUAGCUUGACAUGAUAUGUUUUAUAUUUGCUUCUUAUUGGACAAUGAUUUAUUUUUAAUCCCACUGUGUAAACUAUUGUCUUACAUAGUUCCUAAUAUAUAUAUAUAAAUAAAGCAAAGCAGGCAAGGUUUUAAAUGAGAUGCUAAAUAAGUAAGCUCAUGUAUUUUAUUUUGUCAGAAUUUAAAUUAAUUUUGGAAUAUUUUAUGUACCUUUUUGGCUGUUGGUUAUUAAAGGUUUGAUGUGUAAAUAACUGAUGCUGUGCUAAACUUUGACUGUUAGAGACCUGUCUGCAUUGAUGCUUGGAUUUUCUAAGUUAAUUUUUUUGGUUUUCUUUGCAAGUGUUACUUAAGUUUCCUUUUUUUAUUUUAUUUUUUUUUUGUUACUGCAUUAGUCUGAAGGAAAAUCAGGAAUGUAUUUUAUUAAGGUUCAGUUAACUGGUUUCUGAGCAGCACAAAAUGAAGUGUUGUCCAGCAACAAGACUACACCUUUUUGGGGUGUGCCAGACAAAUGUCUUGUUUUAUGUAAUGUCUUCAUCUGAAGAGAGCUCUUGCUAAUUUUAAGUAAUAUUGCCCAGCCACUUUCAAUAUUGUCAAACUAAGGGUGUGGAAAAAUGUGUGGGAACCCAAUAAGGAAAGUACUAUUUUGGUAUAGUAGAAAUGGUGUUGAAACCUGUUAGAUCUAUUUAUAGCUGCUGUGAUAGGUAAGGACAUAACAAAAUCCCUGUGUACUUCACAUACUGGCAUUUGGGUUGUCGGCAUCUUCAAAUGUCUGAGUUUGAAUGAGUUACAUAUCGACCCAUUCCUGCUCCCGUUUGUGAAAGACAUUACUGCAAAGAUGACAUGAGAUUAAAAAGGAUUUUCUCUGGGGAAAAAAAACUAA